AGCCACUGUGACUCAGUAACUUCACAAUAGUCUGCAGCUCAAGGUUGCCAAUGCCAUACGGCACAUCAAUUGUCUGGAUUUUUUUUGACGUCUGCUUAAAUGCGACAGUAGUUAAUGAUGGUAAUCAGCCCGUUGUUCAGGUUAGCGGUGUGACAGUCAGUAAAGCUAGCCGGCUAGCAACCUUAAAUGGGUUUUCGAGUUAAAAGAUGAUUGCUUCACUCUCAAGAGGAAGUUUGCUGGACGAGGUUCUUCAUGGGGGCUACAACGAGCAGCAGCUGGCUGCGUAUGUUACCUGGGUGAACUCUCAGCUGAAGAGGAAACCAGGCUUGAAGCCUAUCUUGGACCUCAGGCAUGAUCUGCAGGAUGGAGUUGUGCUCGUACAACUAAUAGAGAUAGUUGCUGGGGAGGUGUUAGAGAGAGUGUAUGUGCCUCCACAAAGCAAAGAGGAAAGCCAGAAGAAUGUGGAGGAAGUCUUGCAGUUCAUUUCCUCCAGACACAUCUGCAUGCCACACAUAUCCGCAAGAGAUAUUGUUGAUGGUAAUCUGAAAUCUGUAAUGAGGAUAAUUCUGGCGUUGGCAGCUCACUUCAAACCUUCAGCCAAUCACAGGACUGUUUCUGGAAGUGGGAGGAGCUUGACGAGAACCAGUGCCAGCCACAACCCUCACUCCACUGUUGCACUAGCUCAAGGAGCUGCUGCUGCACUGGCAUCAGCUCGACUGGAUGCCUCUCUAGCUACACGUGCUACACGUAUCCACAGCAGCAGGGGUUUGGAUGGGGGAAAGUGUGUGUGUGUUCGUGCCUUGGUUGAGCGGUAUGAAAAAGGAGCCACAGAUGAGCAGGACAACCUUCAACCUUGCAGCCUCAGCUUCGUCAGUCCAGUGUCGUCCCCUAGAGCUCUGCCGAGCAGCCACUCAGACAUACCGGUGAAGGACUGUCAGCAACCUGAGAGCGGCGAGUCAUGUCAUGUUGGAAUAGAGACGGCGUGGGAGGAUUCUCUAAGAGACACUUUGGAGAAGGAGGUGCAGGAGACGCGUGAAAUGGUGUCUGCUUUACAGGCACUGUUACUGCAAGGUUCCCUCCCUGAGGAUGGACAGGAUUUGUCUCAGACUUUGGACCCAAACAAUGCUGAGCAGCAGCUGGUAGUUACUCGCAGUCGUCUGGAUCAAAGUAUGGGGGAAGUCCGGGAGCUGAAGCGGGAACUGUUGCGCUGUAAGCAAGAUAUCAGAAACCUGCAGGGAGUCAAGGACGCCCAGCAGCAAAGGCUGUGUACUCAAGAAGCAUCGAUACUGCAGAUGAAGCAAGAGCUUCUCAGAGCCAGCAUGACGAGGGAUGACCUCAACAACCAGAAUGCAGAGCUGCAGUGGAAGCUUGAGGAAUGCAACCAGCUGUGGGGUGAAUGCAAGAAGGACGUCGGACAAAAGGACAAGCAACUUCAACUGUUAAAACACAAACUUGAAGAAAGCCAAAAACUCCAGACUGAACUGCAAAGAAAGCUAGAGCAUAAAAAUGGCAUGCUGCAGGAUCUAAUGAGGAAGAACCUGCAACAGAUCCCCACCAGCCCAGAAAACAAUGGAUAUACUUACUCUGGAAAUUCAGCUCCCUUAAUGUCAGGGCAGGCAGAGGAGGUUCAGUUGCUCAGAGAUUCGCUGAGAAGUCUGAGGAACAACUUCAGAGACCAUGACCCACAACAACAUACACUGGACACCCUGGAGCAGGGAAUCGUGUCACUCAUCGACAGACUGCAUGUUCUGCAUACACACAGGGGAAGGGGUAAAUCUCCAAGACGCAAACACACAGACUUGGACUCCUGCCCUUCCACAAAGAACUCUCAGUCCCACAGUGGUUCCCCUUCAUCCACUAAAAUCCUGUAUUUUACUGGAAAAUCCCCAACACCCUCCAUGAUCAAUAUACAGAAGAGGCUGGGUGAGGUCACACUCAAGGAUGUUAAGGCAGCUGUUGAGCGAGAUGGAAACUUCAGGUACCACUUCAAAGCUCUGGACCCGGAGUUUGGCACUGUGAAAGAGGAGGUAUUCCUGGAUGGAGCAAUUGUUCCAGGCUGGGAGGGAAAAAUUGUGGCCUGGCUAGAAGAGGACCAUGGGGAGCAGAGGCCAGUGUAGGUUCAAACUGUGGACCCAUCUUUUUCUCUUUGUUCCUGGUUACUCUGAUCCCAGAGGUACAUCGAACCUGUUCAGAAUAAGGGCACUAGCACAUGUCUUGCAGACUGGACUUCCUAGCACGAUACUAAAGGAACAGAGAGAUUUAGGUUCAGCUGGUACUAAACUGGACUAGUAACCCUGAUCACUCUGGAUGCUCUGCAAGAUGCCUAGAAAAGGAUAUAAAUCAGUGCCUUAUCAAGCUAAGCUUUUUCCAUCAUGUUCUUUGUAUUGCCGGGCUGUAGCUCAAGCAAACUGGACUUAGUAGUCUGGACCACUAUUGUGAAAUAACUUUAUCAAAAACCACAGUAGUGUUGUUGUGCCUCUAGUUGAGGCAAAGUGUUUGCACUGGGAAGUAGAAAAAUAUCAUUUUCAGUGUUUAGUGUUACUUCUUGUGUAUCAGCUUCAGAACAUACACAUCCAGAUUGCAUGUUGCAGAUGCGUUUUUCAUUGUUCUUUAGUUAGGUACAUUAGUUUUUUUUAUGUUGAAUGUGAAGUGAAUGCACAAUGUUACUUACUUUAACAAAAAAAAAACAGCUGAAUAGGUCCUAAAUCCACAUGUAGGGUUUAAUGUCUGUAGCACACCAGCACACAUGUAGACAUGCUGAAACUGAACUACUGUUAGUGUACAGAAGUGUUACUGGAACUAAUAUGUUAAUGUAGAAAAGGUUUAACAAAUGGCACUCUUUUCUUUUGUUUUUUUUCUUAACUAUGAAGUUAUUUUGUAGAUUUUUUUCACUAGAUCUCUAAUUAUUUGCAAAAAUAAAAAUAUAUUUUGCAUUAAUGAAUCUCACUUGUUUUAAAAAGAGAUUAUUGAGAGCAAACACCUUUGCUUCUGUUAAAAAAAUGCUGUGGAAGACUUUUAUGUUAAAGCUCUGAAAGAAGUUUUUGUUCUUCAGCAGUUAACCAUCCUGUUAUUUAUGAUGUAUGUGCAUAUGUCUAGACUUAAACUGGCUGCCACAUAACGUGUUUCACUUUGUUUCUAUUCUCACUCUUUAGAUCAAAGUGCCUUUAUUAACAAGCCAACAGAAAAAUGUCAGUCUAGUUAUGAAAUUCUAUAUUCUGUAAAAUGCACAGUUUGCAGGUGAGAUGGUUAUUGUGCAGCUUUGUUUACUGUAUUUUUUAUGGAUGCUGUGUGUUGUUAAAUAAUUAUUGAAAAUAGCUUUUGUUAAAUGUUACAAAAACAUAUUUUUAAAUAAAACCUGAGUUUGUUUCUAAUAAGAUGUCAGUGUUAAACAUUUUUAUGUUGCACGAGUGUCUAUUAUUGAAUAUUUUUCCACUCAUGAAAAACACUUAUCCCAAUUGUA